AUGGUUGUUGAUAGGGUGAUAAGCGUUCUUAAUUCAGCGAAUGAUUCCUUAGUUGAUUUUAACGAAACAUCUGAUAAUCAAGGCGCAUUAACAGUGACUACUGCAUCCACAAGUGAAUCCAUAGCUAUGCAAACGUUGACUUCAACGAUGUCAGUAAUGACAACUUCAUUGACGAAUCAAGUAUCAUCAAAUAUUCAUUCUGUACAGAAAAUUAAUGAUUCAGAUUCUUCAUUCUUUACACUAGCCAUAUUCUCGUCUGUUUUAUUUGUAAUAUCAGUGUUAUUAAUCCUUAAGAUCGUCGCAAGUUAUAAUAAAAAAAGGAGAUCAAUUAUAUCCGGAAGUCGAGUACAGUGGCGUUUAACAAACUUCUCACAGAACCGGCAUGGACAAGGAACAACGCAAAAUGUUUAUUCGGCAAUGCCAAACGAAGGUUCCAUAUUCAGUUCAUUGGAUGUACCUCAUCCUGAUGCUAGAUUGGAUUGGGAGCGGCAGUUUUUUGAUGAAAAUUUGGAUAAUCCUCCUAAUUGGGAGUUUCAGCCACGAACACCAUCACGUUUGCGCUUAGACUCCGAUCGCCUACGUAUUUGA